UUAUUUUAACAAUAAGGUGAAGUCGAUAGAUUCAAAAUCGUGCCACUACCGCGCGUUUGCUUCAUCACUCACAUACAUACACAAUACUCAUUUUCCAAUUCAACUCAAUGGGGACUCUCCACCACUCCACCGCCUUCAGAACCGCCGUCGACGAUCCCAUUUUGCCCUUUCUCCGGUCAAUCCAAAUAGCCCUAGAAGAUUUCAAAUGUUCAACUCCGAAUCUCAGCAAGUUACUCAAAGAUUGCAUUGAUAAAUUCAAGGACAAUCACCGCUACCGAAACGAUCCCAGAUUUCUCAAAAUCUGGUUCCUAUAUAUGGAUGCUAGUGCUGAUUUUGAUAGUGUUUUCAAAGGAAUGCUAAACAGCAAUAUAUGUGCCAAUGAUGCUUCACUUUAUGUGUAUUCUGCAUGUUUUUUUGAAGCAAAGGGUAGAUUGUGUGAUGCCAACACGAUCUAUAAGCUCGGGAUUUCCAAAAAUGCAGAGCCAGUUAAGUGGUUGAAGAAGGCACAUACCUUAUUUCUCAGUAGAAUUUCUGAAAUAUGUAAUGCUGCUUCAAGUCAGAAGGUUGAUCAUAUAGAAUCUGCUACAUUGGAAAACAAUUGCAUUAAUCCAUGGGAAACCUCUACUAUGAAUGACCUUUUGAAGAAGAUAAAUCCUUUAAUAACGAAAUUUGAUGGGUAUCGUUCGAGCACUAAAUCUUAUACAGGAAAAGUGGCCUUAUCCACUUUGAAGAGUGCAUCAAGGAACAAAGUUAUAGAGAUAGGUGGAAUGAAGUACCACAUCAAGGGCUGUGCUGGACAGGGUGGUUUUGCUCAAGUAUACAAGGCAAAUGUCAACAACGAUUCUGAUGAUGUUGUGGCACUAAAGAUACAAAAGCCAGCUUUUGCUUGGGAAUUUUACAUGUAUCGUCAGCUUGAUCAGCGCAUCUCUGGCAGAGAAAGGUCAAGCUAUGGUUUUGCUCAUAGAGUUCAUCUCUUCUCUGACUUUAGCAUACUCGUCUGUAAUUAUUUAGCUCAUGGGACCCUACAGGAUGUCAUCAACUCAUAUGUGGUCAUAGGAAAAUCCAUGGAAGAAGUAUUGUGCAUUUAUUACACAACAGAAAUGUUGCAUAUGAUUGAAACUUUGCAUGAUGUUGGCUUGAUUCAUGGUGAUUUCAAGCCUGAUAAUCUGCUCGUUCGCUAUGCUAGUGGUAACCUCACAGAAGAUGGGUUCUUAGACCGAACCGGUUCUUGGCAUGAUCAGGGUCUUUGCCUUGUUGACUGGGGAAGAGGGAUUGAUCUUCGUCUCUUUCCAGAUCACACAACAUUCAAGGCAGAUUGUAGAACUUCUGGUUUUCGAUGCAUUGAGAUGCAGGAGAGUAAGCCAUGGAAAUUUCAGGUAGAUGCCUAUGGCCUUUGCGGUGUUGUCUAUGUGAUGCUGCAUAAUUCCUAUAUGCAAAUUGUUAAAAAAGAAUCAUCUGAUGGGGGCUCUCUGUAUCAUCCCAGACUACCGUUUAAACGUUACUGGAACGUCGAGCUAUGGAAGAAUUUCUUCUCUAAGAUGCUAAAUAACUAUCCCUCCCAUGAUGAUAAGAGGUUGCUGCAGGAACUGAAGAAAUCCUUUGAGGACUAUAUGAACUCUGAUCCUCAACUUAUAAGGAAACUCAAGGAGUUACUAGUGAAGCAAAGGGUUUCUCUAUGCUCUGCUUAGUGUUUUAAGAUCAUUAUUCAUCCACUUCUGCUUUAACCGUCUUUGCGGCUGCUGAGUGCAUAACAUAAUUUUUUAAAAGGCUACAAUACUUUAAAUUGAAGCAAAAAUAAAUCAGCUUUAUUUGCUCACUUCAGAAACAAACUAAUGUUAAAAGAAGCCUCUAUAGAUGCUAAUUUUGAGCCUCUGUAGUUUGUGUAAUGGUCUCAGAAUGAAACUUUUUCAAUAAUGUAAAUUUGUAAAUGCAGUGCUUUGUAAUUUGUAAGCAAGUAGUAUGUAUGACUGUGUAAAUGCCAUCAUUUAUGUAGUGAAAAUUAUCUUUAGUUCUAAAUU